UAAUAGAAAAAGGUCUCCCCCUUUAAAAAUAUUGAAAACAUGUUCUUAAACUUCUCUCAUCAAUCAACAAUAUUAGAGCGCAUAUAGGGUCGCGGUUUAGUUUAUGUGACUAGCUGGAAAAACCUAAAACUGUGGUUUGUUUAACACAAGUUCUUAGAGCUUUAUUGUUUUAAAAUUGUUAUAACAUUUUUUAUAUUCUUCUUGUACACGGCUUUGUGUAUUUCCACUCUGUCUGGGCCAAGCCGAGUUGGCAAACUUUAUUAAUAAAGUGCACAAAUUAUGAGCAUGAAACUCAUGCCACGCGAACAUGGCCGUAGGUCCAUUCCGGCUGAUGAUGAACGAAAGGGGUUAAACAAAGGGGCUGAAGAAGGCGGAGGGUUUGAAAAACAGGACUCUGGAAACCUACAAAGCGGCAACUUCUUCAGCGACUUGUGUUCUACAUUUUGUGAAAAUGCAAAUGCUUAUUACUCGUACCAAAGGAGCUGUGCCGCCAGGCAAUGCAUAAUUGCAUUAUGGCAGAGCCGGAGUCUGGAUGCAGCUAACCUUCUGUUCAAAGUCUCUGGCAUAGCUCUCAUCCUCUUCUCUCCACCCCGGAAAACACCUUCUAAGCCGCUCUACUUGAGCAGCGGCGAUGCAGUCAUGUGUGAAUGCCCCUUUGGAGAAUAACCGAAAAAGUUAUGCUAUCGCUAUCAGUCAAAAAGUGUACAUCGUUAGGAAAAUGUUAGUUGGUUGGGAGUUUUUGGAAAAUUCAACACAGAAAAUGUCACAGAUAGUGCUUUAUUUUAAAUUAAAAUAAAUUGUGAUGUUAUUAAUAUUAAUAACUUGAUUAAUGAUUGUCAAACGAGUCGCAGCAGAAUUGGGAAGUUCCUUCAAAUAACUUUAAGUUUAUUUUAAAAUUUAACAUUUUGUGGGUGAUUUUAAUUGGCUGUCUAGGAGCUUUUAGAUUCAAAAUAUAUUUAUUUCCAAAGAGGAAAACACUGCUGGUAUCUGAAACACCGCCGGAAAGUCUUGGGAAUUCCAGUCUCAGAGCUGGGAAUCAAAUUCGUAUGUUCUUCAUGGCGUAAGCUAAUAGACAUUCUUGAUUUGGAGUCUUGGCCUCAUGCAGUUUAUUCUAAAAUAAACAAAAUGUUUGCUUUUUUUUUUGGUAUUUGUGCAUAAAGAAACAAACCCGUCCUCAAUUACCAAAUGCUGAUCAAAACUCAACUCACAGGCAAGCUGAAUGGCAAAGAGGAGCGAAGCGCAUUCCCUUUGUUCGAUGGCAAAGUAAUACAUAUCUCGUCAUAUAUAAUUUCCGCUGCGAAGGAUAUCCAAUGUUCGGGAACGAGGACGCACCACAUCAUCAUCGUCAUCAUCAGCAUCAUCAUCGGUAUGGAAGCUUCCUUGGGAAUCCAUGGUGGAGCCAGAGACCGAGGACCAACUCAUAGGGCGUAGGCGAGCAAAACAAAUGCAGCUUUCACUCGAAGCUCCGUCUCAAUGCCAGCAAAAGCAACACGUGACGACACAGGACGAAUGAGUUGCACUCAUAUUUUGAGAUUUUCUAGGGCCAACAGGAGCCAAGGAUGUGGAUGUGUCCAACAUGUUGCUUCCCGAGCACAGGACACGAAAACGAACCAAAACACGAACAUCACGAGCCACUACAGGCACGAGUCCUGCGUGCCGAGACGAAGGACGAGCUUGCCGAAGCUGAUUGCUGGCCGAGCGAUUUUUAGCCACGAGCUGAUAAAGCCGCAGCUUCUCUGCUGGUCUACAGGAUAGCCACUCGGUCAGUUGAACAUUUUCCAUGCUGUGAUCAAGUUGUCUUUUCCUCUGAGCGCCGAGCGCUGUGCACGCCUUGGACUUGGAACGUUUCGAAAUCGGGCUAGAGAAAUAUUCAAGAAAAUAUUCAAAAAAAAAAAAAAUAAAUAAUUUCAAAUAUUCAAAAAUCAAAAUAUAUAUUAAUGUAGAAACCGCAACUAAUAGUUACCAGUUUAGUGUGUAUUUUCAAGCAGCAAAAAAAAGUGUGUAAAUGCUGGGAAAGCCAAGUGCAAACGCAAACAAACCAAAUAUAUACAAGACAUAACAAACAAACAAAAAAAAUGUUGAAACGACGGACUGACUUACAUGCAUUUUAUUAGUAAAUAACAACAAAAUAAAUACAAAAUAUCCAAAUAUCAAUACAAUUGAAAACACCAACGGAAAACCGAAGAAAAACAGCCGCAAACAUUUUUGUAAAACAAAUGAUUCAAAAUAAAAAAGGUUUCGCCAGCAGAAAAAAGGAAAGCAAACAAGCGCGUGGAAAUCGAAUGCUGAAAAAUCGCCUCAUAAAAUGCAUAAAUAAAUAAACUAUGGUCAAAAGAAUUUAAUUACAAAGAGAGAAAGGGACGGCAAAUCAAAUGAGGCAAAAUAAUUAAAACAGUAGGCAAACAGCAAACAGGAAGCAAGGCAACGGCAACGGCAACGGCAAUAUCCAACCGCAGAAACAAAAUUGAAAAUAUAUACUCCCUAAAUCGAGGAGACGGCUAGGAAAGAGAGAGGGCGUUACGAAAAGAAAGAGACAUGAAGUCAACGAAGGCCAAUCCCAAGCCCGGAGUGGAUCCCAAAAUUUUGUGCUUUUGUAUUUGCCAAUUUUAAUGAGUGUAGCAAGCAAACCAAGCAAACAAAAAAACAAAAACCAAAAACUUUAGCAACACACAACAACAGAGCAUUUUGUACAACAACAAGCAGAUAGAAAAGUCCCACCAUUAUCAUCAACAAAACCAAACAACAACAAUAACAAAGACUCAUUUGAAUUGCAAUAAAUAAAACAACAACAACAACAACAAGCACGUACACAAUGUGACAAUAAAACAGCAGCUAGAAAAAGCUAAAAAGGAAUUUCAUUGCACGCACUAGACGAAAAGUAGCCAUAAAAAAAAACAGCAGAAACAGCUAAAAAACAGCCAAAAACCACCAAAAAAAACAGUGAUAAAAUCAAAGAAAUCCUAAAAUAACGCACAAGCAGAGAGAAAUCCGCAAAGCAGCCGCAGAAAUUAUAGAAAAAAUAAACAACAAAAUCAAACAAAUUCAAAUUGCAACUUUCCCUGUCUUGUCGAAUGUCCUUGCACCUUUAAGCUCUAGCUGUGUGUGUAUAUCUCUGUGUGUGUAUAUCCCGCUCACAUGUGUGUCUGUGUGUGUACCCCCAGCCACUUAUCCCCACACUCGUACCACGAUCGGUGUCCGUGUUUGUCGUAUAGCACCACCACCACCACCACAACCACCACCUAGAGCAAUUCAGCACCACCAAGAAAAUAAAAUCUAAGAAAUAAAUAAAAGCACAUUCACCAAAAAAUAAAAGCAAUCGCGCCACACCUGCCACACUGUGCUGGGUGGAGCCACCUUAAGAGCCAGCUGAACCACCGAUCUCUCUGGGGCUGACAGGUCAGAGUGAAAAGUAGAAAGCAAAAAAAAAAAACCAAACAAAACCAAAUAAGAACCCUAGACAACCCAUAGCCUCCUGGUAGCUCCCGAUAGCUCCCCCGAUUGAUCCACUCCACAUAACCACAUACCAGCACCACAAUUGCACAUUACUACCAUAGAUAUCCCCGGCAGUACUACUACCGCAUGGAGCGCGGCACCAGCGGUGGUCAGCAGCAGCAGCAGUCAUCGCACCACCACCAGCAACAAUCAUCGCACCACCACCAACAGCAACAGUCGCACCACCAACAGCAACAGCAACACCAGCAACAGCGACACCACCAGCAUGUGGUCGCCGUUCAUAGUUUCGAUCCGUAUUUGACCGUCGGCGGGGCGGAUGAGGAGCAUACGUCGGGCACCUCGUCCUUUGAUAAUCCCGCCACGAAAAAGAAACCACCCAAGCUGAAGCCCAUCCACCGAUCCCUGUCCAUGGCCAUCGAUAAUUAUGCACCGUCUUCCGGUGAUCUCGACAUGGAUUUGGAUAUGGAAAUGGGCAUGGAGAUGGGCAUGGACAUGGACAUGGAUAUGGCCGAUAUGGAUAUGGAGGGAGAGGGCAUUGUCAUCAGUGAGAAGCCGCUGAUCCACCGCUCGGCCUCGCCCCUGCCCCAUCCCCGAUCCGGCGCCCUACCCCCGCAGACCCUAGCAAUCCCAGCACAACAGCAACAGCAACAUAUUUUAUCCCAUCCUAGCCAGCGUGGCGGUGGCAGUGGUGCCGUAUCGCCAGCCCUAUCUGCCCGCCAGCAACACCAUCACCUCCUCCAACAACAACAACACCACCAGCAACAACAACAACAACACCAACAACAACAACAACAACAGCAACACCAGUUGCACAUGCACACUUUUCAGCAACUGGCCGCACAGGCAGCUGCUGGCCGGCAUCAAACAACCCACCAGCAGCAUUCACUAUCGCACCGCCAACAUCCGCAACAUACGCAUCCACAUCAGCUUCAACAUCCGCAUCCGCAUCAGCAUGCGCACUCGAAGAGCUCACCAACCUCACACGCGGUUAGCCCGGUGCUGGGCCAACAGCACCGCCAGCAGCCGGACAUUUACCUGGUCAGCAGCAGCAGCAGCCUGGGCGAUGGUGUCGGUGUGGGCAGCUUGGGGGUGGGCAUGGGCGUGGGCAUGGGACGAUCGUUGGGCGGGAGUACAUCGCCCAUUCAAUUUAUCGAUAUGGACGAUAUGCCCAAUCCAACGGUUAUCCCCCAACAACGCCCAAUGCACACGCAUCCGCUUAAGAAGAACCUGUUCCGGCGAUCCGACACCAUUGACGUCCAUCCGUCUACCAAUUUUCAGAUGAAGAAAACGCAUUCCUUCCACGCACAACAGGAUCCCGCCGCCCUGGACCAAAUACAGCUGGCCGUAGCUGCGGGCUCGGCGGCCUCAAGUCGUCGCACCAGUUCGGUGAGGGGCAACUUCCUAAUGCCCGGUCCACCAGCGGGUGGCAAAGAGAUAUCCCGGUCUCCGUCGCCCAGUCGAAGAGGUUGUCGGUCUCAUCGAUCCUUCAAUGAUCCUGGCAGAAGACCCAGUGUUAAGCCGGAUUCGGUGGUGGAAUCACAAAUACGACAUCCAUCGCUGAACGAUGACUUGAUGGAACCGAUGAAUGGACGGAAUCUGUUUGCGGCACCUACAAAUUUGUCGCUGGAGAACGAACUGUUCGUGGACACGCGUUCGCGUAGCAAUAGCCACACCAAGAUGGAGGAGCUUGGUCUGGCGGAGAUCACUGCCGCUGCCGUGGCCGUGCAGCGAUUGCGCAAGAGCUCCGGAGCUGGGUCCUUUGAGGAUGCAGCCGCCGGCCAUAGUGCCACCCACCCGCCUUCCGCAGCGAAUAGCGUUAAACAGAAGCGGGAAUCACAUCACCCACAUACCCGCCAAGUGAGUACCCAUAGUUUGGAGUUAGAUGGACGUCCAUCGACAUCAGCGGCAGCGGCGGCCGCUGCAGCGGGCGGACAUGGAUUGCAGCUUCACAGUGCGGCGGCGGCGGCCAGUGCAGCGUACCACUUCAAGCGGGGCGCCCAGCAUGGACGUUCGCUCUACCUGUCGCCCAGUAAUCUGGAGGAGCUAGCCGUCCACCGGCCAGGUGUUCUAGCGGCAGCAGCAGCUUUUCAAGGCACCAACGCCAGUGCCAGUGUCAAGCAGGCCAAAGCCCUUCAUAGCGCCAGCGUUCGGCUGCGCAGCUAUCGGGAGACCUUGAGCGCUUCCAAGAAGUCCAAAAGCUUUAUCGGAGACGCCAGUGCUGGCAGCGGUCCGCAGGCGGGCGACGACUUCGAGCUAAGCUCACCCCACCGACGCAACAGUCGCCCGCUAUCCACAGUUGUGCCUGGAUCCAGCAUCGAGGAGAUUAAGAGGAGUCCACGACCCAUUUCCGCAUCGGCGGCGGCGGCUGCAUUCAUCGAGGAGAAGCGGCCUAGCUUCGAGAGGAAAUCCUCACUGACAUACGACCAUGAGUUGAGCGAUGCUGCUUUUGCUGCCCAGGUGCUGAGACCCUUUCAUCACAAGUUGGCUGCCGGGAGGAAAGGAUCCGUGACAGGAGGCUCACACAAACUGAAGAAGAAGUCGCUGAGCGAUGACACCGACGAGGAGGAGGCGGCGGAUCGCAAGCGCAAGCGGAUCGUCUGCAUUGUCCUAUCCACGGUCCUGUUGUGCCUGGUCUGCGCUAGUGUUUUCGUGCUGACCAUCACGCUGACCUCUAGCUCCGGCCAGGGCGGAAAGAAGGCGCAUUCGUUCAGCAGGGACACCCCCGUCCACUGGACGGGCAUGCGGCCCUCAUGAACUCCAACGCAGAGGCUGUGCUUCGGCCAAUACCAAACCAAUCUGCCAGCUGGUUAUCCCCUGACUUUGGACUCGAUUUCGUUAACGUUUGCGUUUUCGCUUCCGCUUCGAUUCCGUGCUGUCGUUCCGCUCAACAUUUUGUUUCCUCUGAGUCUCCGGGUCUCUGGUUGCCCCAAAUUGUCCAACUGACGUUCAACGAAUGAGGGACAAGAGAACAAAGAGGAUAUGCAGCGGCAACUAUCGAUGAGUCUUGCGACAGGAGAACGAGCGAAACUUCCGAGAGAAUCUGGAGCGAACCUGGAUGAUGAAGAACCGCACCGAGCUGAAUCUGCAGCGUCAGCAGAUGGAGAUGCAGCUG